UUACGAACUUCCUCUUGAGAGGUUAUGGCAGUCGUGGACGGAAGCCGGAUUGACGAGGAAGUUAACAAGUUGAAAGAGGAAGCAGAUGUCGUGGUUCAACAAAGACAUGCGGAAGAAGAAAAAUUAUAUGGUGGAUUUCGAUCUCCUAUUAUCAAUACUUUAGUUUCUGGUGUGGGUUUCUUUACGGAUGCUUAUAACAUUUUUAUUGUUAGUAUUCUUAAUGGAGUUUGGACAGAAGGUUAUCCAGACGCCUUUACUAGUACAAUGAAAACCAGGGUGUCCAACAGUAUUCUUGUAGGAGACAUCGUCGGAAUGCUCUUCUUCGGCCUAUUUGCCGACCGUAUCGGCCGCAAAGCAGGGCUUUUAUCCACAGCGACGAUCCUUCUCAUUGGCCCGAUUUUAGAGACAGUGUCCUUUGGAGCAAACGGCUCUCAGACGGGUAUGUUCUGGAUGCUUGUAAUAGUGCGAGGAUUUCUGGGUGUUGGAAUUGGUGGUGAGUACCCUUGUGCUGCAACGACAUCUUGCGAAGCAGGCGAAGAUGCGAAAAUUAAAAGGGGAAAAAAUGUACUCCUCGUCUUUGCUAUGCAAGGCGUAGGAACUAUCACAGCUUACGUAUAUGGAAUAAUGUUAAUUGAAUGGGCAAAGGCGAACCCGAGCAAUUUUGAGCCAGUCUGGAGAGUCGCACUAGCGUCAAGUAUUGUUCCCGUUAUACCUAUUUACAUCCUUCGAUGGAGAAUGAGGAACUCCACCCGUUAUGAGAUAGCUGGUCUUUCUAGGAAGAAUCUUCCUUGGCUGUUGGUUCUCCGCAAGUACUGGGUAAAUCUUAUUGGAACUGCAGGAACUUGGUUCAUCAAUGACUUUUUGUUCUACUCAAAUGGUCUGUUUUCGUCGGAAAUGACAAAGUCAAUCUUGGAAGAGACAGACGUUCGGUCCUCGAACUUGGUUUUCACAGAGUAUACGAGCAUGCUUAUCUUAUUAAUUGGUUUGCCAGGAUAUUUUGUCUCUGCAUUCACUGCGGACUAUAUCGGUUCAAGAAAUAUUCAAAUUAUUGGUGCUGUAAUGAGUGGCGUGAUUGCGAUUAUUAUGGGCGGUAUUUUCAACUUGAUGCGAACGAAUCCCGGUCCUUUUAUCAUGAUGUAUGGUUUAUUCUUCUUUUUCACUCAGUUUGGAGCGAACUGCACUACAUUUAUUCUUCCCACAGAAACUUAUGCCACCGCUGUGAGAGCAACUCUACAUGGCGUUUCAGCAGCAUUCGGAAAGACUGGUGCCGCUAUUGGAACUCAAGUUUUUAACCCAUUGAAAAAGAUCAAUCCUGUAAAUGGACCUCGCGCAGUUUUCAUAUUUUGUGGGGGCUUGUCGCUGAUUGGAGCUAUAGUUACUUAUAUCUGUAUUCCAGAUAAUAAGAAUAAGUCACUGGAAACUAUUGAUAUGGAAUUUGAAAGGUAUUGUCUCGAACAUGGUGUUGAGUUGAAGUAUUUGCAGCCGACACACUAUUCGAAGUACUUCAGUGCAUCUGACUCUGAUGAAAAAGCACGUACGAAUGGGAAUGACUCGGAUGAGAAGAACAGUAUUGCGGUUCUUUCAGAGUAAAAAAGACAAUGCUUGAGAGAUAAUUAAAGAGUAUUUUGUAUGAUUAUUAUUCGUUUGUUGUCGUCUUGUUUUUUUAGUAAAAAAGAGAGUUCAUUU